UCAAGGGUGUACUCCACAUGUGACUGUUAAUUGUUUGUUUACUUAAUUAAUUCACUAAUGAGACUUACCUUUAUAUUAUAUGAUUCAGACCAAAAAAGUACUAGUAUAAUACGAGCUAGCUUUGAGUGAGGAUCCAUUGGUGCUUUUAAAAUAAAAUUAAAAGACAAGUGCAAUAUUCGUUUUGGGUUGACUAUAAGUAAGCGAAAAUGAGUACCAAAUUCGGAGAGCUAUCUGCCAUUGACUUCUUACUUUUUAUGGACAAUGUAUACUUGUUGGACCUUAUCCGUCUAGAAUACGACAUCAUUGAACAGAACCGGAAAAUUUCCGAGGUGUCUGAUGAUGAGCCUGACAACAAAGGGUGCCGACAGCUGUUACACCGAUUUCUCUGCUGCAUGAAAAGGUACCCCAGAGCCGAUUUUAUAGACGGUUAUGACGUGUACGACGGACAGCAAAGGUAUAUUUGUAUAAGCGACCCAAAAGCAGAAAACUACGAUAAAUUUUGGGAAUUAGCCUGGUGCCAUGAAGUUAAUACCAUCGUGAAGAUAUCUCAAAGAAGAGAGGAAGACAGCUGUCAUUAUUGGAGUUCCAGAGAAAAAAGUGAGAUAGAGUUUGGAGGUUUUAGAAUUAAAACUUUGAUGGUCAUCAAGAGACCCUGUUUCACUUCAACAUUGUUACUCUUGUCUGACCAAAAGAACCGCAAACGUGAGAUUUGGCACUAUCAUUACACUGCAUCGCCAACUGAUAACAAUCCAGAUGAUCCGUUUUCAUUUUUGUUCUUUGUGUGCAGUCUGAACGACAUGUACACUAUUUCUAAGAAGAAACAAUCAGCUGAAUGGAAGCCCGGAGCUGUUCUCGUUCAUUGCAACGAUGGUAGCAGUUUUUCGGCGGUGUAUUGUAUCCUCGAUAUUUGUGUUACCCAAUUCAAAUACACAGGUACGCUUUCAGUGGCAAAUGCUUUUCAGAAAAUAAGACAGCGGCAGCACAACUGCUUGAAUUAUAGCGCAGAUGACCAUCAUUUCUGCUAUCAAGCUAUUCAUAUGUUGGUGUUAGGGAAAUUGAAACUCAGCCAAAAAUAUCUAGAUGAAAUGGAACUCACUCAAUAAAACACACUGCUGUAAUAAGAUAUCAUCAUGCAAUCUUUCAACGUGGUUCUUUUGUUAUUUAUAUGCUUGAGCAGAAUGACGUUAUUGCCUACUUGUAAGUGAAAUAGGUACAUAAUGUAAUACCUUCUAUUUACGUUGAAGGAAAAUGUUUGACUGUUGUUAUGCUACAUUGAAAAUAAACAUCGACUGAUAGUCAUGGGGAAAUCUGAUGACCGGGUGAACCCGUAAAUUGGCUUCAUUCCAAUUUAGCAAUACCUAUCUGGAGUUCCCGCAGGUUGCGAUAAGACAAAGGAAUGAUAAUAUAUUGACAUAAUAAUGAAGAGUAGUUUUAUGAUACUUGUGAGGACAAAUUUAGUGUCUGUGUUCGUAUAAAGUGUAUGUUGUGAAUUAAUUCUUUCAACAAAUUAAUUAUGAUAAACAAAAAUUGUUCUAAAAAAAUUUGAACGCUUAAUUUUUUUAAUGUACAUUUGUGUAAUUUUGUGAAUAAUUUAAUUGUUAUAAAAGCACAAAGAAUUCUUUUAAGUCUGUCAAGUUCAGUGUUAUAAAUGUAUGAUCGGGAAUCACCUGAUAUCUGUUUAUUGUUUUAAUUUAUUUAUAAAUUAAUAACUAUAAAAAAAAAUGUUUCUGAA